CUGUGCAGCAAUAAGGUUAGAGUUUAGAGUAGUGGUUCCUCUCCAAAUGCCUACAGGAAGUCAAAAGCUAGCAGGACGGCAGCAACAACUUCUCACAUUUUCCAAAAUCUGGAGCAUCAAGAGGGGGAUGUUAUCUCGCUGUUUAAGCAAGUGUUGAGGCUGAAUGUAAUUUGUGAUAAUUUACUCGACAACACUGAAGCAAAAGAUGCAGAUAUGAGCCCAGAGGAGGAGCCAGAGUAUCAGACACCGCCCACCUGCGAUCUGCUCGGCCUUCUGCUGAAGAACAGACGCCCCACUGGAGCUGUCAACGAGGUUUGGCCCAACCUCUACAUCGGAAAUGCGGCAACGGCUCAGGAUAAAUCCCUGCUCGUGGAUCUGGGCAUAACGCACGUGGUGAAUGCUGCAGAUGGCCCCCAGCGCAUCAGCACCGGGCCCCGUUUCUACGAAGACACCAGCAUACGGUAUCACGGAGUGGAGGCGCCGGACUGUAAAGAUUUUGACUUGAGCCCAUUCUUCACUGAGACGGCUGAUUUCAUUCAUGCGGCUCUCAAGCAGAAAGGCAAGGUGCUGGUCCACUGUGCACGAGGAAUCAGCCGCUCAGCGACUCUGGCACUGGCCUUCCUCAUGAUCAGAGAAAGACUCACCCUGGUAGAAGCUGUGGAGGCUGUUCGCAGGCACAGAAACAUUCUUCCCAAUGUUGGAUUUCUGAGUCAACUCAGUCGCUUGGACUCUUCUUUGGCCCUGCAGAGGAAAACAACAAAACGUCAAGAAUUGGAGGAAUGUGGGAAAGUGGGAAUUUCUCCAUAAGGAUUUUUUUUCUUUAUUACUUUUGACCUAUUAUUUACAGUUCAUCUAAACAUGGCUGCUAGAUGUAUUUAAUUGCAAUGUUUCUACCUUCAGUUGGCACAUUUUGUGUUAUCCAUCACAACUUUUAUUAUGCUGUCAUCCAGUUAAGCACAGAUCCAACUCUGAGGUCUGCAGUGUAUUAACAAACAAUAGCUGAUGGACUUGAUAUUCAUUGUGGAUUAAUAAACUCAAGUAAGUUUAGAGAGACUGCAAAAGAGUUGUUGAUUUGCCCUUUAGGCUCGACUGAACUCAUUUUAAAAAGUCAUCAAAAUACUUAAACGGUUGUUUUUUAAACUUUUUUUUCAAAUGACAUUUUUCAAUCUAACCUAGACUUAAUUUUCUAAACGUUUUUUGGGCUAACAUAUUUUGCCUUUUACUCAGUUCUUUUAUCGGCAGAACAUAUUUAGACUUUUUUUCAAUGACAUUUUGACUGACAUAUUUCAACUUAUUUUUCUAUUAAAAAAAACAAUGGAUGAAAGACGGUAUGGUCACACAGCACAAUCCAUUACAAAUAACAAAAGCCCUGCAAUUCUUGAACAACAACAAAAAACAGUGUAAACUGUGCUCCACUUAAAUUCUCACAAUCCCUCAAAAUAUAGUUUCUAACUGCUGCAAUCCAGCAUGGUACAGUUAAAACUGCAAUCUCUAACGAGGCUUGAUACAAGAUGAUAAAAAUAUGCCGGCACAACUCUGAGUGUGUGUGCAGAUUGAGGUCAGACUUUGAAAAGAGAUGAAACGCUGAAGCCAUCUUAAUAAGAGAUGCUCUACAGAGCACACUGGGAGAAAAGAGAGAUAGAGAGAGAUGCUGUCAAAA